UAUCAACUCUCUUUUUCCUCCAUAUAAGGAGCCUAUCUUGGUAUUCGUUUGUAUUCGUAACUUAGCAUCGAUCCCUUUUGUUUCUCGUAUAUUGUUUUUCUCAGUAUAUAAAUCUUACACUUUUUUUCCAAAAGAAGUUAAAAAGAUACAUAAAAUGGCCUCAAGCUCUAUGAGCUCGAGCUCAUCUUGGACGUCUAAGCAGAACAAGAUGUUUGAGAGGGCUUUAGCCGUUUACGAUAAAGAUACUCCAGACCGUUGGCAAAACGUGGCCAGAGCCGUCGGAAGUAAAUCGGCCGACGAAGUCAAACGCCAUUACGACAUCCUCGUUGAAGAUCUCAUGAACAUCGAACAAGACUUAGUCCCGUUGCCUAAAUACAAAACCGUCGAUGUUGGAAGUAAAUCAAGAGGCAUCAAUGAUUAUAAUUUGAGUUACUACAUA